GGGGGUGAAGGAAAAAAACCUACUGGGCUGGUCGGUCUUUGUUUCUGGCUAGGAGGAAAACUGAUAGACGCCGCUACCGUUGAGGACUUAAACGUCACUUUUCACCACUCGUGUGAGUCAUCUUUUAUAUUUGAUGAAUAGAGGAGGCUUUUUACUAUGUUUUGCGAUGUUUGUAAAAGGUUUAUAUUAUUUAAAAAUGUAUUUUUAUGUUAAAAGAAAGACGAGACCGACAUUACAGUAUGACUGCUGUGGCGCGACAGUGUGCAAUGAAUGAAAAUUGUUUUUGGAGAUGAACUUAGAGCGGAGCACCGAGCCAAGGGUACGGGAGGCGCGAUGGAUCAAUCAGCUAUAGCGAUGAGGGAUGCUUUAACCUUUCACGUGUCGCCGGUUCUGGAAAAACAUCGCGCUGAAUACGAAAUUUUUGAGCCUGUUUGGCCUGGAGGAGCAUGGCCGGCUGGGCUAGCUCAACUAGCUUGCUAGCAUGCUAGACACCAGACAUUAAUACAGGCUUUUACUUAGCCGGUGGUAUGGUGAAGAAUGCUACUGUAGCAACUGAUUCGCGCUACCUUAGCGAGGAAUACUUCCUUAUUUACCAACUCCGGCUGUGGAUACCACUGAUAGGAAACGUUUGGCAGUACAGUGGGACAUUUAACAACAUAGCCAAGCGUUUUUUAGAACAAGGCGAGUAUCCUAUGUGGAAAAAAAACACAGGAGGAGCGCGUAUAAACGGACUUAUUACUUCAGAUGUAGAUUGACUCCAUCGUAAAAUUUGUAUCAGCAGCGUUUGGCAAAGUGAUCUAAGAAGUAUUUCACAGAUAUGAUUUUUUUAGGCUGUCUGCAGAACUUUAUUGCACUAGAUUCAUAUGCUGUGUUGAAUUAGCUGCCAGUGGGAUCCCAGCCACGCAUGCGCAGUUCCGCUUUGCACCACGUCUCGAUAGGUAGCACUACUCGUUGAAACACCGGCAAGUCUGAGUCGUGUGUUCUUUGUAGCUUUACACUGAAUUUAUUCUAGUUUCACGGACUUAUCCGCCGUUAUAUUAAGAUCACCAAACUUUUUUACCAUUACGGUAUACACUUGAAUGAAACUACAAAUUUAUUGUACACAAUUGAACAUAAUGUUACGUUAACAAUUAAACCCGGCAAGGCCCGGCUAACGCUAACAGAGCGACUAAUGCUAACAUACUAACCCAACCGUUGGCUUUUUGAGAGUGUAAACACCGGCAACUCUUGUUUGGACUCAGAGUUACUCUAUUGCAAUCUGUUCUCGGUCACAUUUUGUUGAAGACUGUAUAUGCAGGCUAUAGUACCAACUUGUUAAAGAGAAACCCCUAUCCCCUAUUAACCAUUGUUGUGACUCUAAAAAUGAUAUUUCAUGUGAUCACUUACUCUGUAUGAGGAAGCUAUCAUCACUAUAACCUCUGUUGUGUCUGAUUUGUUGCUUCUCAGUAUGAUGUAGGGAUACAGUGUUGUGAAAAGCAUUGUUGUGUGGAAUGACUGAACAUAUGUCGCUGUUUAAUUGAGCUAGAGUUAAGGAUUGGAUCUACGUGAAAGGAUACAGCACCUUAAAACAUCCCCCCAAAGAUUAUGAAGUGAUUUGAGAACAAUUAAAAGCUUUUGUUUGUACUUAACAGAGCAGAAAUGAGGCAUUUGUUUCCCAGCAAAGUCUGGAAAGACAUAUUCAAGGGACAAAAUUAACCAGCACCAUUUUGAAUGAUCACUGUCAAGAAAAAGAAACCAGAAAAAAACAAUAGUAAAAUACAGUAUUUGUCAGAAAAUUUUUUAUAUUAAAAAAAAAACUGUAUAUCUAGGUUUUAGUGUAUCACAUUCAUCAUUAUUUGUGUGAUUUAGUAUAAUCAAAAACUACUUCUGUACUUCCAGACAUGUAAGGAAAGAUGGUGCUCUUAAAUUUCUGUAUUGUGCAAUAAAUUAAAUUAUAAAAUGAUUGAAACACUCAUAAAAUCUACAUGCAGCAGAUAAUGUAGGCUACUUGGUAAACUUGACUCAAAACAACUGCAGUGAGACAAGAUUUAAACAAUUUAACUGUAAUGUCACUGACUGAUUCUGAUCAUUCCCAUAAUUCCUAUUGUUGUCCCUCCUUCCAGGGGUACUUGCUGCAGCCACACAUUCCCAGUUCUCCCUGAGAGAUGUCCACUCCUGACCCUCCUAUGGGAGGGACACCUCGGCCUGGACCCUCCCCAGGCCCAGGACCAUCUCCAGGAGGCAUGAUGGGCCCCAGCCCAGGCCCCUCUCCAGGCUCAGCCCACAGCAUGAUGGGACCCAGCCCAGGACCUCCUGGAUCAGGACACCCCCACCCACCACAGGGACCCUCUGGAUAUCCUCAGGACAACAUGCACCAGAUGCACAAAGUACUGAACCUUUUUCUUCUUCUGUUUUUGCCAGUGUAAUAUUGUUUUGCCAUUAUUCCCAGAGAUUCCCUCUGCCAUUUUCUCCUCUAUGAUAAUGGCUCUUGUACUUAGACUUUUGUAAUUUCAUUGGCUUAUGUCCGUUGAGAUUAUAUUUGUCAAGAACUCACUCCCAUGAUGCUGCUGAGAUUUUCUUUUUACAAAUGAACACAAACUCCUGCUAACAUUAACCUACAUCAUACUGAAUGCUAGCACUGCAGUGUUGUCAGUUGUUAUUGUCACAGGAUUAUUCACCUGAGAGCAGUGGGUUUUGGGGUUAGUGGGUUAGUGGGUGAUGGUAUUGGAUCAGUGUAUAUGCUGACAACAUUGGAGGUAAAGUGAUGAUUCUUUUGAUAGUAGGGGACCAACUAUGUCAUCAUUGUUUUUUGAUUAUCAAUCGAUAAUUUGUCAUUAACAUGUUGCAUAAACAAGGGCUGCAGCUAAAGACCAAUUUGAUGGUGAAGCAGUCAUUAAUUAUCAAAGUGAUACAAGUGAUAUAAGCUAACAAUCAGCAAUUAAUGUGAGCCAAUCAUCAGUUAACCUACUGAAAUGUGUCUGCAGGCUGUUUUCUUUUCUUUAGCAUGUGCUAGCUCCCAGACUGUAGAAGUCAGAAGGAGAGAAGUUGUUGCAUUGUCUGCUUCCAUGUAGCAGUACUUUGUUUACUCUUUUAGUCACAGUCACUGUUGUGCAUUCACAGCGACUAGCAAAGGUAGUGAAGUUGUGAGAUGUCUCACUCCUUUGUGAUUCAGUUUCAGAAAACAACGUCAUGCAAAAUACAUUGCUGUUAUUUUGCUACUUUAAGCUGGAAAACCUGGGUGUUGUUUCAUCAUCCUAUGAUUAUUAGCCUGAAAUCUGUUGAAAAGAUCUGAUCUGUGCAUUGACUUCACAUCGCGAAUCAAACUUUUGUUUUCUGUCUUUAAAUCAGCCCAUGGAAGCCAUGCACGAGAAGGGGAUGCCUGAGGACCCUCGCUACAGCCAGAUGAAGGGCAUGGGCAUGAGACCAGGGGGGCACAGCGGGAUGGGACCUCCUCCAAGCCCAAUGGACCAACAUUCCCAAGGUAUCACAUCACUUUCUAGCAUGUUUUAUUCUUUAUCUUUAGAUCUUUAGAGUCAUUAAGAGACAAGACAUGACUAGAUAUAAGCUGGUGUCAAUGUCAGACUGAAGGUUUGAGAUUUACUUCAUGUUUUUUAAUACAAUAAGGAUAAACAUAAAUAAAAUGAAGGUUCUGCUGAAUCUCCAAACGGCGAAAGAGCUCCUUUAGUUGCACAGUCUCACUGUUUCUGUGUGAGCCUGUGUGAACUCAUCCAGCCGGUUUCUCUCUUGUGCUGCACCUCGUCUGGCAGCAUGAGUAGACAGCGGUGGGCUGGACGACAGGAGGCGGGGUUUCGGGGUUUCCCCUUUCAGACAGCAACAAAAGCAGCUGCAUGUGAAAAACCACAGAGAUUAUAAUCAAAGAAGAACAGAGUAGAGAGUAUAACACGGGGAGGUGUGACAGCAGUGUGGUUUCUGUCCAUUACUCAAAGUUGUAACCAAAACAGAAAAAAGGUCAAGUUUCUAAACUUACUCUCAGUGUUGUCAUGAUGACAUGACAUGAAUGAGGUUUAUUAUGAUGCUUCUGACUUUUUAACUCGUGGUCACCCUGACCUUUUUAUCUGAGAACUUGAAGCGCAGUGCAGGGUUGUACAACUGUAUUUUCAAUAUCAUGAUAUAAACAUAAAAAAUAGCCUUGAAAACUAUCAGAAUUAAAGUUUAUUAACUUGUAUGAGUGUUUUAUGUGCAUGCAUUUCACUUUGACUCACAGCAAAACAGAUGUUUGAUCAUUUAGAUAUGCUGGCUUUACAUCAACACCAUGUGGUCAAACAGGAUGAAUAGAAGGCGUCAUACAGCUUUAGAAAUAUUGGUGUUUAUUGCCAGGUUAGCAAGCAUGGCAAAAAGCUGCCAUGCUCAACUUGAAAAGUUCAACUCAGUGCCGACUGAAGGUGUUCUAUAAGCAAAAGUCGUCAGCACUCGCUAUAAAGUUUAUCACUUUUGACAAUAAUUAACAGCUUAUAGGGAAGAUUGUCUUUGAGCUGCUGUUAAUUAUUAGUAAUUUUCUUUAAGCUCUGAAGGAUAGGAAGUAAAAUGUGAUCAUUAUGACCAUUUGGGUUUUAAAUACUUUGUGCAACGUUAAAAUAUAUUCGAGAGCAUUACCUUUCUUAUUCAUUUCCUUAUAAACUGUUGGCUAAUGCAGUGCCUAGUUGGUUGAUUUGCAAUGCCCAGAGACCACAGUGUUGAGGCCUCAGACAAGAGCCACCUGUCCCUCAUAGCAGUUAUUACUUAUCAAACUUGUUCAGUCCAACUCUCACACAACCAAUUAUAUAUCAUCUUAACAUAAGUCUUCAUUUGCUCUUUUUAACUGUGCUUUAUUCUCAGUUUAUGUGAUCAAACAUGUAACUUUUAAAGUUUGAGAUGGUAAUUCACCAAUAAAAAAAAAGUUUCGUUGUCAGAGAGAGACUAAAAGACUUUGAAUUUCACUACUGUGAAAUGACUCAGUGCACUGUGUUUGCUGAAAAGCCUGUGGGAUAAAAGCUGCAGCUAAUAUUUCAUUCAGAGUAUAUUGAUUUUUUUUUUUUGUGAGGGCUACUCACUUUUUGAUGAUUGAAGCACCAGUUUUACCAAGGAAGAAUAGUUCAUUUCUACCCCUGCAAAGAAAUAUUUGCAGGUUAUGAUGCACUUUUAUGGUGUGGUUUAGUACAGUUUAGUACUUGCUUCUGGGUGCUUGAUGCAGACAGUCUCUGGGCUGCGUAACGGCCUGACUUACAUCAUCAUAUCAGACUAUUCAGACUGCCGGCAUAAGCUGCACACAUAGGCUUUUCCACCCAAGUCUCACCUAGCUUUUGGCCAAAAAAUACACAGAAAAGUGAGAAGCUCCAGGCUGCGUUUGCUGUGUCUCAGCUAUGUGUAUGUCACAAGUCUGAAAAGUCUGCUGUCGUUGAUCCUCAAGAAUGCUUUCCGCAGCAAAAGCUAGAUCUGUUUUACUUCAGUGGAUCGACUCCCCUGGCUUUUACACAAGGCUUUUUUAUUUUGAAAUUGCGUCCAGGACCAGGACAGAUAUUUUGUAAAAGAGGUAACUGGCAGAGAUCUUGUUGUCAAAAAUGUUGUCAUUAAUCAAGUUAGCUGCAGGUAAGCUGUGUGAAUGAUUAAAUAACGUCGGACUACAGGAAGUAGUUAUUGUCUUAUAGUCUCCCUUAGCAGCCAUCUCAGAGUCCCUUUGCUGCUCCCCUGAUAUGAAUAAAGAUGCACAUAAAGCAGAAACUCCACCAUAUCCUCACCUGUGCAUAUAAUCCUGUUUUUGCACAUUUCAAUUUUUUUUGCACUCCUUGCAUAAAACUUUUUUUUUUUUUGCAUACCUAUAAUGCAUCUAUUCUGUGCUCCCUCAGGUUACCCUUCUCCAUUGGGUGGCUCAGAACACGCCCCCAGCCCCGUCCCAGCCAGUGGCCCUCCCUCUGGUCCCAUGAUGCCAGGGGGUCCCUCUGGUCCUGGCUCUGGCCCUAUGGAGGCUGGCGGGGAUCCUAACCAGGGAAUGAACCAGCCUAACCGUGGGGGUCCUCAGGGUCCAGGCGGACCACCUCCAGGUGCAGGAGGUGGACCUCCAGGUGCAGGUGGACCCACGCCUUUCAACCAGAACCAGCUGCACCAGCUCAGGGCUCAGAUCAUGGCCUACAAGAUGCUCGCUCGCAGUCAGCCUCUGCCCGAGCACCUGCAGAUGGCCGUGCAGGGGAAGAGGCCAAUGCCAGGGAUGCAGCAGCAGCCGAUGCCCAACAUGCCGCCUACUACAGGGCCUGGAGGUGGACCAGGGGCGGGUCCAGGACCAACUCAGGCAAACUACAACAGACCUCAUGGUAAGUAAUAGAGACCUGGAGAAAAUCUCUCUUUUUUUUCUAUUUGUCUUUUUUUGUUUGUUUGUUUUAGAUUAUCAGAAAAAAAAGAUUAAAAAAAGAAAAAAGACAGGUCUGUUUACAAAACAAAUCACUGUCUAUACGCACCAAACUACAAAGACACAGAGAGAGAGAGAUCCACAGUAUUAUGCAAACAGGACUUCACAAAGGUUUAAACGUCCCUCUAUUUAGGUCAGUUUCUUCAGUUUGAAGUCCAACAUCACAUCAGUUAACUCUGAGUCCGGCUCAGUAGAUGAAGUCUUUCAGUGAACAAUAAUCAGUCUCUCUAAAUGAGCUGAAAAUGUUGUUUUCUGAGUUUUAAGCUUCAGAAAGUCUUCGUUAGAAAAGUGUAAUGGGAUCAGGCUGAAUUACUGGUUGAAAAUAUCAAACCGUGUUUGAAUAAAUGAACAUAACAAGAAAGAUUUGGGCAAGGUCCCAGGAAGCCUUUGUCAGCAUUGUGUUCUGACAAUGUGCUUUUGUAAAAUGUGAAAUCAAUAAGUCAAACUGUGAACAAAGAAAGCCAACAUGGAAGCGCUCAGCAGAGACCCCUGGUGGCUAAAAAUAACAAUCAUUAGACAUCGCAUAAACGGUGGGUUUUUCUAUGUGAUACAAGUCUCAGAGCAUCACAAACUAAAAACAGGAAUGUAAAAAUAUGACGCAAGAAAACAAAAAAGAGCGAUGGACGUGUAGAAUUCGUACUUUUUAUGUAAGCAAACAUUAGACCACGAAAAACUGCCAAACCCUGUUUAUCAUCUAAUAAAGUGAGCUGCAUCUUUUACACAAGUGCACUGAUAAAACAUAACAGAAUACACAGAGAGGUUUUCAUUCGUGCUGUGGUCUUUGAACCACAAUACAGCACUUCAAGACGCAUGCAGUGGAAUGGAUGCAAAGAGAGGUGGUUGUUCUAGUGAUACCACUUCCGAACACUUCCCUUCCUAAUUAGGCCAUAAUCAUGCAUUCAGAGGUAAUGCGGUAAACAAAUAGGUGAAUGAACUGUGUUAAGUUUGGUUGGACGUAAAAACAGAAAUGUUGAAGACAAGACAUGGCAGAAAAGGUGAUACAAGUCAGAAGCAGUGGGUCUGCACAUACGUUACAAGCACCAACACAACUAUUGGAAGCAGAAUGUCAAAAUAAAACUUCGUCAGUAAUCUUCAGUGGCUCGUCCUUGUUUUGUCUUUGUGGAAAAACUGCACCGUGCUGCUCUCUGACUGAACAGGAACCCUGAAAAGCUGUGUGUAUUUUAAAAGAGUUAUGAAUGUAGUUCUCAAUUGUAAGUGGGACAGAGUUCAGCAGAGUUCUUUACUCUGCAGAUUUGCAAGUUGGAUAAAGUUUCAGAUAAAACCCGGAAAACUAAUGUAGGACUCCUCUCUUUGUUAAAGGUAUGGUUGGGCCAAAUAUGGCGCCUCCUGGACCUGCAGGAGUUCCUCCUGGUAUGCAAGGCCAACCGACUAAUGGACCUCCAAAACAAUGGCCUGAGGGUAAAUUCGGUCUCCCCUCACUCAGCAACAGAGUGUAUGUGUGUGUGUUGAUCACAGCUGAUCUUUUCCUCUCCCUCUCUCUUGAAGGACCAAUGGUAAAUGCUGCUGCUCCCUCAAACCCUCCUCAGAAGCUGAUUCCCCCUCAACCCACCGGCAGACCCUCCCCCGCUCCCCCCUCUGUGCCUCCUGCCGCCUCUCCCGUGAUGCCUCCUCAGACCCAGUCCCCAGGACAGCCCGCUCAGCCUCCUCCCAUGAUGCUUCACCAGAAACAGAACCGCAUAACCCCCAUCCAGAAACCCCGCGGGCUGGACCCGGUGGAGAUCCUCCAGGAGAGAGAGUACAGGUGAGACGGUGUGAGAGGUUUCUGAGUCCGAGGAGAAAACACAGCUCUGUGGGUUUUUUUUUUAUGUGGUUCAUAAAUAUCGUUCCAAUAUCUUCUCAGGCUUCAGGCUCGUAUUGCUCAUCGUAUCCAGGAGCUGGAGAACCUGCCGGGCUCUCUUGCUGGUGAUCUGAGGACCAAGGCCAACAUCGAGCUCAAGGCCCUGAGGCUGCUGAACUUCCAGAGACAGGUACCAUGACCUUAUCUAUGAACAGUAGUGAAGACCAAUAACUGAAGUACAAACUUAUGUAUGUCACCACUGAUUCUGUAGUGUCCAUGAUAAUUCAGAUACAUUACAAAGUGUCCGAAACACUGUCAUGUCAAUGAAACAGUUGAUUGGAGUUUAUUUGGGUGUGCUUUUCAUAAAUACAGCAAACAAAUCAAACAAAAACAUAAAACCUGAGUGAAGACGGACUGUGAUUAGAGCACAAACACAGAUCAGUGCAGUGUGUGAUUAAAAACAAACUUUAAGACAUAAACUGGAGCGUAGAGCAGAGUUUUAUUUGAGAUACAAACUGAUGAUGGAAAAAAGUGCUUUUUCUAUUUUCAGUUGUCUUUAAAUACAAACACUUUCAACUACUAACCAACUAAAAACAGAUCCAUUAUAAUAUUAAAAUCACUCAAACUUUGAGGCCACAGAUCCCGGCCCACUUUUGUUUCUCUAUAAGCCACUAUAAGAAUUUGAACUUUGGAAAAACAGGUAAACAAUCAAAUGUUACCAUGGCAACAAGUAUUGGGUGUUAUUUUGUUGAGUUUUGGACAUGUUGUUACGGGAACUUGAAAAACAAAAAUUAGCAACUCAACCUGACGACCAGGUAAAUAUAAUCUUUCUUUAGCUCAAAGACUGAAAUCUUGUCGAUCUAACGGUUGGUAUCUUUAGAUUAAAAGGGGAUUAGGUGUAGAAAACAUGUUCUUUACCAGUGUAAAGUUCAUAUUUAGCUUUUUCUGUUUUUGAACAGAUCACAGAUUUUUGGUAUUUGAAGUUGCAUCUGUUUUAAGGGUUUUCCACCUUUAUUCAGAAAAAGAUCUGCAGGGCUGUUUCCUUUCACAGGAGACAUAGUUUUAAAAUCAUUGAUGGGUUAAGUUUCUAAAUGUUUGUCCCUGUCACAGUUUUCUCUGGUGGGAUGGAUAGACUUUAAUAUCUCUUCUUUGUUUGUCCCAUCAGCUGCGUCAGGAGGUCGUGGUUUGCAUGCGACGUGACACGGCUCUGGAAACUGCCCUCAACGCUAAAGCCUACAAACGCAGCAAACGUCAGUCUCUACGUGAAGCUCGCAUUACAGAGAAGCUGGAGAAGCAGCAGAAGAUCGAGCAGGAGCGCAAACGUCGCCAGAAACACCAGGUACACAAGACAGAAAGAUUAAAUAUCAAGAGGGAAACUCAGAUUCUCUGUGAUGAAAGACUAAAGAUGCAGAAUUUUUAAAAAGACCUUAAUUUCUCUUCAGUUUCCAUGAUUUAGUUUUGUAACAGGGGUGUCUUUGUACGUCUAUCUGUUUUCAGGAAUACCUCAAUAGCAUCCUUCAACACGCCAAGGACUUCAAAGAGUACCACCGCUCCAUCACUGCCAAGAUCCAAAAGGCCACCAAAGCCGUCGCCACCUACCACGCGAACACCGAGCGGGAGCAGAAGAAAGAGAACGAACGCAUCGAGAAGGAGCGAAUGCGGAGGCUGAUGGUGAGACCCGGAUCUUCAGAUUCCUCCCAAAAACCUUCAGUUCUCUCAUGUCUCUUUUAUCAUUUACUCGAGCAACACCUGUAACACACCUUUGGCUCUUCCUCUCCCAGGCUGAGGAUGAAGAAGGUUACCGUAAACUUAUCGACCAGAAGAAAGACAAACGUCUGGCCUACCUGCUGCAGCAGACCGAUGAGUACGUGGCUAACCUCACCGAGCUGGUGCGAGCCCACAAAGCCGCACAAGCUCUGAAAGAGAAGAAGAAGAAGAAGAAAAAGAAGGUCAGUGUGUUUUUCUUGGAUAUAAAGAGUCUGUCUCUUUGCCAAUUCACGCUGGAUUUCUGAAUGUGCUUCAACCUUUUUUUUUGCUCUGUCAGAAGCCUGAGGCAGUGGACAGUGGUGCAGCUGGCCUGGGUCCUGACGGAGAGGUGAGUCUGAAAGAGGAACGGUUGAACUGCUGCUCAUUUACUCUCGAGCAUCUCCUGUAAACUGCUGCAUAUUCAGAAAACUCAGCUGGAGUCUUCAUGGUUGAAAAUUUGUAUAACUCGCUGGUCAUUUCCUCUUUCAGCCUCUAGAUGAGACCAGUCAGAUGAGUGACCUUCCAGUUAAAGUCAUACAUGUGGACAGCGGGAAGAUCCUGACAGGGGUUGAUGCUCCUAAAGCCGGUCAGCUGGAGACCUGGCUGGAGAUGAACCCGGGGUUAGUGUCAUGUCUGCAGAUCAUUACCUUCACUCAUUGUCAAAUUUAGUCAUUAAUAUAUUUUAAAAUCAUCUGAUCUGAAACUUUUUCCCCCUCUAUAGAUAUGAGGUAGCGCCUCGUUCUGACAGUGAAGACAGCGGCUCAGAUGAGGAAGAGGAGGAGGAGGUAAAUCCUGCACUCCUCCAUCUUGAACUAGAGAUGGUCACUUUGUGUUUCUUGCAAACAGAUUCAUUACUCCUCAUUUCUUUUUGUGCCUCAGGAGGACGAAGAUGAGCCUCAGCCAUCUUCAGCUCCAACAGAGGAGAAGAAGAAGAUCCCAGAUCCUGAUAGUGAAGAAGUUUCUGAAGUGGAUGUGCGACACAUCAUCGAGUAAGAUGAAACCACUGAAAUUUGGUCCUAAGUAGCCACGUUUACAUGAGCAAAAUUUCUUGAUCCAAUGAAAUUUUUAAGGAAUUGGAUAAUCUGAAUCCCCUUUUUUUUGUAUGGGUGCAACAUCAAAAAAUCUGAUCAUACAUGCACCAAGCUAUAUUCAGAUUAGAAGCAUUUGGACAUGCUCAGAGUUGUCUGGUUUCGCUAAAACGACCGCAGAAGAAGAGUUGUAUUUACGCUUGUGCCGUCAACAAACCAACAAACACGGAAGUGGCUCACUCCAUCCAAUUCAGGAGUUUUCCACCUGUUAAAUGUUGUCAAUAGAUGGCGCCCUUGCUUACUUAGUUUACUGUUCUGUCAAGUGUUGCACUUUGCCUGCAGAUGUGACAUCACUACGCUGUAUGUACGCCUUGUUACGUUACCAGGAGGAGCAGACACGAUGCCUGCGGUUGUGUUUUAUGCCAGAGUGUUAAUAAUAAAACCUCCUGUACUGACCUCAAUAAAUAAACCAAAGGCUAAAGAGUGAAGACCGGGUGAGGUAACGAUCGAGUCAUGGAUGCGUUUCGGAAUAACGAUCGGCAUUAACCUCCCCUCUUGAUCGAAAUACAGUUUCUUUCAGAUGGAGCCAAAUUGGAUCAGAAUCUUCCAAUUGACAUGUCAACAUGACACAUUUUUAUUCCGAUUAUUUGUGCCCAUGUAAACGCAGCUACUGUCCCCUUUGGGAAAUGUGUCUUGUUCUUGAGUUUUGCACACGUUCAACUCCAUCCACAAUCGUACCAAAAUAUAAAAUAAUGUUAAAAUCCAGCACUAAUCCCCGUACAGAGAACAUUACCCACAUUGAAGAUAACAGCAUUCUAACAGUAACGGUGUGUUUUCUCCCUCAGACACGCCAAACAGGAUGUUGAUGAUGAGUACGGUAGUGCAAGCUUCAACCGAGGCCUGCAGUCGUACUACGCCGUGGCUCACGCUGUCACUGAGAAAGUGGAUAAACAGUCCUCACUGCUGGUCAACGGGCAGCUCAAGCAAUACCAGGUACAAAGAGCAGAGCAUCACUGUGUAUAAGGGAAGUCCAGUGAUUGUGAGAUUUUCAGUGGACUAAUCUUUUGUUUUUCUCCCUCAGAUCAAAGGUUUGGAGUGGCUGGUGUCGCUUUACAACAAUAACUUGAACGGCAUCCUGGCUGAUGAGAUGGGUCUAGGAAAAACCAUCCAGACUAUUGCCCUCAUCACUUACCUCAUGGAGUACAAGCGCCUCAACGGGCCCUUCCUCAUCAUCGUACCUCUCUCGUAAGACCUGUCCUCUUUCCCUUAUGAAAAAAACAAAACAAGUUAUUUUCCUGCAGAGAGUUUUGUUUGAACGUUUCUGUCCUUCAUCCACAGAACUCUAUCAAACUGGGUCUAUGAGUUUGAUAAGUGGGCGCCAUCUGUCGUCAAAGUCUCCUACAAGGUCAGCGCUCCUUUAGUGACGUCUGACUCCGGACGUGCUACUUUUCCUUCAUUAUCUCAUCUCAUAAAAUCAGAAAACAUGCUUGGAUAGAGAGAUGCCAAAUGUUGGAGGUGGCAAUUUCAAUUUUAGAAGAUGUAUGUUUUUAGGAGAUAUGAUUACAUCCUGUUAAAAGCUGUCAUUUUGAACUAAUUAUUUCCUCUUGGCAUGCUAAAAAAUCAAGUACUGUAGAGGGAAAGUUGUCCGAAACAUAAAUUAAGAUAACUUGGAAGAAGAAUUAGAAUCAUCAGUAAAAUAAUCGGUGUUGUGUCUGAUGAAGCGGAAUUGUUUGAGCUUUAAAUGAAGAGAAAUUGUGUUUUUCUUUCCGGCAGGGGUCUCCAGCUGCUCGGCGUGCAUUCGUUCCCAUCCUACGUAGCGGCAAGUUUAAUGUGCUGCUCACCACAUACGAGUACAUCAUCAAAGACAAACAAGUGCUGGCAAAAGUAAGACGGACUUUCAUUUACUUUGUUCUUGAACACGUACCCAACCUUUUAUCGCUCCCUUUGACCCUGAUGUUUUCUUCCAAAGCUGCGCUGGAAGUACAUGAUCGUGGACGAGGGCCACCGUAUGAAGAACCACCACUGUAAGCUGACUCAGGUCUUGAACACACACUACUUAGCCCCACGGCGUCUGCUGCUCACAGGGACCCCGCUGCAGAACAAGCUGCCUGAGCUUUGGGCGCUGCUCAACUUCCUCCUGCCCACCAUCUUCAAAAGCUGCAGCACGUUCGAGCAGUGGUUCAACGCCCCGUUCGCCAUGACGGGAGAGAAGGUGAGUCCGACUUGAGAAUAAAGGCGACGACUGCAAACGGAAGCAAAAACACCGAGAUUUAAACCUCGUCGACAAAAUACACUAAACAGCCAAAAACAACAAGAAAGGCGAUUUUCUAAUCAGCCUUCACAUACUUAAAUAAAUGUAUCCCUCCUCCUCUUCCUCACCUUUCCCCCUUUCUCUCCAGGUUGAUCUGAAUGAAGAAGAAACAAUCCUCAUCAUUAGACGUUUACACAAAGUGCUGCGACCGUUCCUGCUGCGCCGACUGAAGAAGGAAGUGGAGGCCCAGCUGCCUGAGAAGGUCAGAGAGCUUUUUGGAUUGAUUAGCUAAUCUGCACUCCAAGUGAGAUUACGGCAGAAAUUUUCAACUCUUACUCCUUGACAAAGUCACAGAGGUGUUGUUUUUGUCAGAGUAAUGUUUUUUGCAAAUUCCUCCAUCAGCUCAGCGGGUUUGCUUUUGUCAGUGGUUUGGAAUGGGGAUGUGUUCACGCACAAGUUCCAAAACCAGUAAGGUUUGAGCUUAUCAAUACUGCCGUGGGGUCUCAUUGCUCCUAUGAUAUAAGGUUGUUUACUUCAUACUUUUGUUGCUCAUUAAGUCUGUUUUCGCUUUGAUGUCUCGUUACAUUUAACCUUAACUUUUGUCGUUAUCCUAAAGCAACAGGCUGUAGCUUUUUUAUUUAUGUAGAAAUGUAUUAAAUCUUGUUUCAUCCUGAUCUUCCUAAACCUUUUAGCUCAUUUUAACUCUGGCCAUUACUGUUACCAACUUGCUUGAUUAUUUUUAUUAUUUGAUUAUUGUCACUUGUUUUAUUUAUGUUGAACAACUUCUUUGAGUCGUCCGACUUCAUUUUUCUUCUAAAGAUUUAUCUAAAGCUCCUCUGUCACUCUCAAAAGUGUGAUUACAACUGUAUCCUCACACAAUCUAGAAGUUAUUUUUUGGAUGAAUGUCAGAUCAGUUUCUAAAUAUAACUUGUAGAUAUAUUGAUGAUCGUGGAUCUAAAGAUUUUUCCCUCUCUUUCUUCGUUGGCAGGUGGAGUACGUGAUCAAGUGCGACAUGUCGGCUCUACAGAGGGUUCUGUACAGACACAUGCAGGCCAAGGGGGUCUUACUCACAGACGGGUCCGAAAAAGACAAGAAGGUACAGCAAAGAAGAAUUUGAAAUAUAAAUCUAUGAAUAUUAGAUUUUUAGACAUUUGAGGAGGAGUUUCACUGAUCUGAUUUUCUACAUUUCUAGGGUAAAGGUGGCACGAAGACCCUGAUGAACACUAUCAUGCAGCUGAGGAAGAUCUGUAACCAUCCCUACAUGUUCCAGCACAUCGAGGUACAAUAGAUAAUUCAACCUUUUCAUUCUUUAUAUCUGAAGAUGCAUAAAUGCCAAUGCCAUAACGCAAUCAUUUCUUUAUCUUACAGGAGUCCUUCUCUGAGCAUCUCGGUUACUCUGGUGGAAUUGUGACUGGGUAAGUGAAAUAUUAAAAACUGUUUUUAUCUCAUUUUGUUUUCAUUUCUUAUUCGUUUUAUACUUACCCCUCUGUUUCUUCUCAGUCCUGAUUUGUUCCGAGCUUCCGGAAAGUUUGAGCUGCUGGAUCGUAUCCUGCCCAAACUGAGGGCCACAAACCACAAGGUGCUGCUCUUCUGUCAGAUGACCUCGCUCAUGACCAUCAUGGAGGACUACUUCGCCUACCGUAACUUCAAAUACCUGCGUCUGGACGGUGAGUCUCGUAUGACUGAGGCAAAUGUUUGUUUGCUGAAUCAUGUGAAUCACUUCAGGUCGACUGUUUCUCUAACUCUUACCCUCACUGCUCUGAUAGGAACCACCAAGGCGGAGGACCGCGGCAUGCUGCUGAAGACGUUCAAUGACCCAGCAUCUGAGUACUUUGUGUUCCUGCUCAGUACCAGGGCAGGAGGUCUGGGAUUGAACCUGCAGUCUGCUGACACAGUCAUCAUUUUUGACAGUGAUUGGAACCCACAUCAGGUACUGACGUGCAACUAAAGCUGCUGAGCUGCAGCGAGCCGUUAAAAAAACUCCAAAUGGUUCAAACGAAUCAUCGAAAACUAUUAACUGCGAUAUGUCAAACAAAGGUGAUCACCUCGAGUCUCUCCAUCUAAAAAAAUCUGCUUUUUCCGUCUCCCAGGACUUGCAGGCUCAGGACAGAGCCCAUCGUAUCGGGCAGCAGAAUGAGGUCCGCGUGCUCCGCCUCUGCACGGUCAACAGCGUGGAGGAGAAGAUCCUGGCGGCAGCCAAGUACAAACUGAACGUGGACCAGAAGGUCAUCCAGGCCGGCAUGUUCGACCAGAAGUCCUCGGGCUGUGAGCGCCGCGCCUUCUUACAGGCCAUUCUGGAGCACGAGGAGCAGGACGAGGUCGGGGCUCGAGGCGGCUGCCGCACCAGGGGGGCGUGGGUGGGUGUGAUCUAAACCUAACCCCACUUCGCACACCCACCCGCAUCCCCCUUUGCGCUGCCCCACCUCUUCAUCCUCUCCUUUUUUCUCUUCCUCUUCUUUCUUUUUUCUCCACUUUCUCAGGAUUUGUGAGUUUUCAUCAAUCCAGACUUCACCUCCUCUCUUUAAUUUUUCUAUUCUGCUUUUACACAAACAUUUUAAGCUUUUACAGUAAGGGUGUAAACUUUCCCUUUUUUUCCCCUUUUUUCCCUCUUUCUGCUUUGAACUUCUUUUGCUAAAAUGUUUUUGAAUUUUAGAUAAAAAUGUAAUAAGAUUAAAGUCCUACUCCAGAUACAGUGAUUGGCAGACAAAUAGCAUAAUAAGAUAUCAGGAGAGCAGACAGCCAGCCUAGUGUCUGGUCUCUCUAAAAUUCAGGUUAAAGACCUUCACAGUGCCAAGGGCUAAUUUGAUGCCGAGUGCCUCCACCACUUGAUCAUAUCUGGAGUUAAUUUGAAUAGAAUUCAUAUUCUAGCUAGUCUAAAGGCUAAAAUAUACAGGAUCAUCAGCGUCAUGUAUCACACAGCAAAUACGUUGCCAUUCAUCAAUGCAGCAUCGCGUACAGGACGUGUAUCAGCUCCGUAUCGAGUGCAGCACUGCUAAAGAUAUGUGACAGGUCUAUUUUUUGCUGCUCUACGCUUCAAAUAAGCGUAACAGCACAGCAUAAAGGAACAUAGUUUACUUUAUUCAACACGAGUAAACCUGCAAAAACCCAAACUGUAAAAUCUCAUUGCUUUUUCACUUAGAGUAGAGGCUCAACGGUCACUGAAUUAUAUCCAGAUUAGCAGGAAAAAGACCACAGAAAGGUAAAACGACCUGUUGUGAGAAUGUUGUUUCCUCUAUACUGAGCCCAGCUGACCGGGGCUGAACUACGCUGCUGCUACGCUCCAAAUAGGCAUCCUGUAUGUGAUAACAAAUGCUGCUCAAGGGAGCAAAUAUGAAACGUGCGCAGUACGGAUCCGGUAUGUUUUCAGCUUGAGGGUGAGGAAAACUGUAGACAACAGUUAAAAUUGAGCACAACUUUGAACACAGGAUCACAGAGUCUGCUGGUGAACCGUGUUGAAUUAGUUUGCAGUGUGGGGCUACCAUUAGCAGAGUUAGCACUUCCUGUCGGAUCCUUCUUUCAGGUCAAUAUCCACAUCCCUGUGCUGGUUCAACAAAGCUCCACUUGACUUGACUAUAUACCAGUUUAACCAGUUUACAUUCAAUCUCAAUUUUCUAUAUUAAAUACUACCAAACUGCAUUACGCUACAAUCCUCCCUCUGUCAGCUGUACUUGUUUACUAGGGCUGAGACGAUAUGCUUUUCUCCCAAUUCGAUUCUUCCACGAUUUUUUUGGAUGCCAAUUUGAUUAAAAUUGCGAUUCUACGAAAUUGUAGAAUUUUUAGAACAAAAUUUUUGAACAAAAAAAUUGAUUUAAAAAUUGUAAAACAAAAAUAUCGGGAUACUUAUGUGAAUGGAUUUUUUCCUCCCACCCCUAUUGUUUACAUCCACAUAGUAGAACAUUACGGCGCAUUAUCGCAGUAUCCAUAGACUGGAGUUUGACUUGCAAAUUUUAGUCCCACCUCAUGAUUCUGGUAGAUGAACAGCCUGAGGUUGAACACUGAGCGAUGAACAGCAGGAGUUAUCAUAAUGGUCAGGAAAUUCCUCAGAAAUAUGUCUUAAAUCAGUUCUGAAGUGGGACUUUAAUCCAUGUAAUAAACAUUAAAAAUCAGCACAGUUCAAAAUCAGCAUGCUGUGAAGAGUGACGGUUGUUUGCCUUGAAAUGCCUUUUUCUUUUUGUGAACAUGAGAAUCAUUAGUUCAGAGACUUGGCUCUGAGGUGAUAAAAAACCCACUUGAGUCAGUCUCUAAUUACUCACUUUGUCUUUUGUUUCAGGAGGAAGAUGAAGUCCCAGACGAUGAGACUGUGAAUCAGAUGAUCGCCAGAAGUGAAGAAGAGUUUGAGCAGUUCAUGGUCAGUCCAAGCUCAGGAUAUCACUCAUUAGAUACGGUAAUUUUACUUCACAGGACAAUGUAAUCAUCUUUUAAUUUUUUUAUUUCAGCGUAUGGAUCUAGACAGACGUCGUGAAGAGGCUCGCAACCCCAAGAGGAAACCUCGCCUGAUGGAGGAGGACGACAUGCCAAGCUGGAUCCUGAAAGACGACGCCGAGGUCGAGAGGCUAACCUGUGAAGAGGAGGAGGAGAAGAUGUUUGGCAGAGGAUCCCGCCAACGCAAGGAGGUGGACUACAGCGACUCGCUCACGGAGAAACAGUGGCUAAAGGUCGGUCAAGUAAAAUAUAACAACAAUUAUGAAAGGGAAAGUGAAUGAAGUUAACCGAAGCUGUGUUUUGUCCUCACCACAGGCCAUAGAGGAGGGAAAUCUAGAGGACAUCGAGGAGGAGGUGCGUCACAAAAAGACCACCAGGAAACGGAAGAGGGACCGAGACCACGACGGCGGCCCGUCCACACCCAGCUCCAGCAGCGGCCGGGGGCGUGACAAGGAUGACGAGGGGAAGAAAGCGAAGAAGCGUGGCCGCCCGCCUGCUGAGAAGCUGUCCCCAAACCCGCUAUCACUCACUAAAAAAAUGAAGAAGAUCGUUGAUGCGGUGAUAAAGUACAAAGACGGGUGAGACGAAAACUACAAAGAGCUAAAUUUAGAGAAUUUUCCUCUGGGUUGCAGAAAGUUUCUAUGUGUGCAUGCUGCUCAGAGUGAUCUCUAUCACCUGCAGCACAACACCACACACAUCUCUGUCAGUGUAAAACUCUCCGCAACUCCUAGGAGCUAGAAAUAAAUUCAAGACACUCCAAUAUUUUGUGGAUUUUUCAGCUUUUUUGAGUCGCAAGAAUCUUAAAUUGAGUUUCCAUUUCUGUAAACUUAGAAUGUGACAAAGGAAAUAUCAGUAAUGGGAUACAAACUACAUAUUUACUCACAUGUAAAUAACUGAAUAUAUAAAAGUAAACUCUGCGUGUUUUCCCGCUUGUCAUUGCUUCACUGUGCUAAAUUUUAAGAUCCCUGUUCUCUGGUCUCAGUAGUAAUGGUCGACAGCUCAGCGAAGUCUUCAUACAGCUGCCCUCGCGUAAGGAGCUGCCGGAAUACUACGAGCUCAUUCGUAAACCCGUAGACUUCAGAAAGAUCAAGGUGAGGAUAUUUGAGAAACACUCACCCGCUCUUUCUAGUGCUUUUUUCUACUGAUGUUUCUGACGUCUCAUUUCCUGCCAUCAGGAGAGAAUCAGGAGCCACAAGUACCGCAGCCUGAACGACCUGGAGAAAGACGUGAUGCUGCUGUGUCAAAACGCUCAGACUUUUAAUCUGGAGGGGUCUCUGGUGAGUAAAGACCGGAGCUCAGUGUUAAAAAAUAAAAUCAGAAGACGCCAUUUUGAGGAUUCUUCGGUCUAACACGCCUCUUUCUGUCAACAUCUCAGAUCUAUGAGGACUCCAUCGUGCUGCAGUCUGUCUUCACCAGUGUGAGGCAGAAAAUCGAGAAAGAGGACGAAAGCGAAGGAGAAGACAGCGAAGAAGAAGAGGAGGAGGUAGACGAAGGCUCAGAGUCUGAAUGUGAGUGUCCAGAAAAAAAGAAGCAAGAGUGAAUAUAAGUGAGUGAAAGGAUCGAAAUGAUGACUGUCUUUCCUCUGCGUCAGCUCGUUCAGUGAAGGUAAAGAUCAAGCUGAGCCGGAAAGAGAAAGGAGAGCGGGGAGGAAAAGGUCAACGACGAAGGGGCCGCGGCGCCAGAGCAAAACCCGUAGUGAGUGACGAUGACAGCGAGGAGGAACAGGAGGAGGUGAGGCACGCUCCCGCACAAAGAUGACAAACUUUUCAAAGAUGGUGUCGGGGUAAAUCUUUGGUUCUCUCGUUUUCUCCAGGAGCGUUCAGCCAGUGGCAGCGAGGAGGACUGAAGUGUGAACCACUCCGGAUUGGACCAAUGGCCCACUGAGCCCCCUUGACUGGACUAUAUAUAUUUUACCUAGAUACAGCAGGGAGACAGUUUGUGGAAAAAGGCCUAGUUUUACCUAGAUGAGCUGAUUUUUAGUGAGACUAUUGUAUUCUCAUUAAAGUAUACCAUUUAUGAAAAACCAAUAAAAAAAAAGAAAUAUGAAGAUAUGAACCAUCCACUUCCAUAUUUAAACCAUUUCCCCAUGAUGAAUAGUAGUGUGUCUUUUUGCCUUUUUCGUUUUCUCCUGUAAGUGGAAAAUUGACAGAGCCUGAAUUAUAGACUGAGCAUGGGCCAUAAAGACGGAUAAGUGUUUUUUUUAAGUGGUAUUCAUUUUGUCGUCUUUUACUUUGAGACAUGUGAAUCAGGAGGAAAACUGCGUAACUGAAGUCCCUUUUUGAAUGCAUGUCGUGCGUGUCUGUCGAAAUGCACCUGGAUGUGUCUUCGCUAUUAUCUCUGUGUUUAAUUUAAGACUACAAGCGGGAUCACGGUACAUCCCACCCUGCAGCCCCUCCCUCUCAGGUUGUGUAUGAAUUGGGGGAGGGAGGGAUGGGACCAUUUUCUCGUGUCAGUGUCACUGGAUUCCAAAAAUUACAAUAAAGGCAUCUCAUGAUUAA